ACGUUUGGCGAGAAUGUCGACGCAGGACUCGCUAUUCGCAGAGCGGGUUUACGCCUGGUUCUGGGCGUGCGGAUGCUCACCGCCUUAGGAGAGAGCGCUACGCGAUUUGCGCAAAGUUAUAGUGAAUGGGGGAAAGGCGGGUGUAUGUAUGCCUGUAUGUGUGUGUAUAUAUAUAUAUAUAUAUAUAUAUAUAUAUAUAUAUGUCUGUGAGUGCGUGAGUGCGUGUGUGUGGUAGUUGGUAGUGGCGGCGGUGGCGGGAGGGGGAGGAUGAUGUCAGCCUGCGAAUGUCAACAAUGUAGCGAUUGAGGGGAGUAGGCGGCGUUCCAUUGGGAAGAGCGCGAGCCACGGGGAGAGUCAGUGCAACCAACAGGACGGGGGUAGCAGAAGCAGCAACAAUACGACGACGCCGGGCUGCAAAUAAACCCCGAGCCGCCGCCGCCUUGUGCAGAUAGCACCCAAGUCCUGCAGCGGCAGAGCAAUUCCUGUGUGGCUCCCCCUUCCACCUCUCUUUGCUGUUGCAUCCUCUUCCUCCUCCACCGCCGCCAAUUUCCCUCUUCCCCCGCCCCCUCCGUUAUAUAUGUAUAUCAAUUUUCUCUCCCCCCUUCUUUUUUAUAUACAUAUAUAAAACUCCUUCUCUGCAAGAUUUUGCUUCGUGAGGCAGCUGGCUGUUGUUAUUUUAUUUUAUUAAAGCAAUCGGUAUGUGACCGGCGCCUUCUUUGGGUGCAAAUUUUCUACAGACCACCUCAGCGACGACCGCAAGAGCCCUCACUCAGCAAGAUCCAGUUUCUUGUUUUUUUGUGCCCCCCCCCCCCCAACGGUUGCAAGGAAGGACGGGCUGGUUACCGAAAGUUCCGUUGAUAGAAGAUCUGCUGUGGAUUGUGACCGGCAUGAGAGUCCCGCGAAAGGGCGGCUUUUAUAGGUGGCUGAGGAGGAGCAAAGAGGAGAGACCACAUAUUCUGGAGUACAUCAGUUGAAGCCCCAUAUUAGCUAUGCAAUGAAAUUGGUUGGAAGUUGCAAGCAUACUAGCUCGUUCAGAGUGGAUAAAUCCUGCCAAUUUACAGGUUGCCACCAGCGAAGCUUGCCCUGUGAAUCUUUCGACGUUCUUAUCUUAAUGGAUUGCUGUAACCUAUUAAUUUCUCCAUUCGUUCAUUUCCCCAUUUCGUGAGAAUAUUAGCCAGCACAGAUCCUGGGAAAGUUACAUGGUGUGAACGGAAUGUCUGUGGAUGAAAAGACUGAAUCCCCCAUGUAUGUGUAUGAGUCAACAGUCCAUUGUACCAAUAUCCUCCUGUGCCUCAAUGACCAGCGGAAACAGGAUAUUCUCUGUGAUGUGACUUUGAUUGUGGAGGGGAAAGAAUUCCGAGCCCACCGGGCUGUGCUGGCUGCGUGCAGCGAAUACUUCUUGCAGGUGUUGGUCGGGCAAACAGAAAAUGACCUGGUGGUCAGCUUGCCAGAGGAGGUCACUGCCAGGGGAUUUGGUCCAUUGUUACAGUUUGCCUAUACUGCUAAGCUGUUACUCAGCAGAGAAAACAUACAAGAGGUCAUCCACUGUGCAGAGUUCCUGCGCAUGCACAACCUGGAGGAUUCCUGCUUCAGCUUCCUUCAAACCCAGCUGCUGAACAAUGAAGAUGGCCUGUUUCUGUGCAAAAAGGACACCACCUAUCAGCGGAUGCAUGAAGAUGAGAACUCCGACGGAGAAGAGGAAGAGACAAUGGAGUCAGAAACUUCCAAGAUCUCUUGCCCAAGGGAGAGAACGCACCCAGAACCCUUUAACUUUGAAUCUGCCAGUUUGGGAGCUGACAAAGAGGAAGGGAUGCAGCCCGACUCUGAUAUAUUGAGUGAUGACAAGGAUAGUUCGGACAAAGAAGCAGUAACACGGUACCCCAGAUAUAAGAAAUACCAGAUGGCUUGUACCAAGAAUGUCUACAACACAUCACACAUUAGUACCUCAGGUUUUGCAAGCACAUUCAGUGAAGAAAGUUCUGGCAAUAGCCUCAAGCCAGAGCUUGCUGUAGGGCAAAUUAAAAGUGAGCCUAGGAGUGAGGAGAAUGAUGACGAAAACAUCACGCUUUGCCUCUCUGGAGAUGAGCCUGACAUCAGGGAUAAAGAGGGGGAUGUUGAAAUGGACCGAAAGCAGCCAAGUCCCACUGGAGCUGACAGGUCUAAAAGCGUUCCCUCCCCUUCCUGCCUAAGGUCUUUCUUCAACCGAACAAAAACCGUAGACUUAGUUGGCUUCCCCAGUACUUCCCAACAGCACUUUGCCAGGAGUCCAGCAUGCCCUUUUGAUAAGGGGACAACUCAGGGUGACCACAAAACUGAUUAUGUCCCUUUCACAGGGAAUUAUGGACUCUCCCAAGCUGUUCAGAAGGAUGCUUCCAAUUUUACAGUGGGAUCGCCUCUCAGGGGUCCUGGCUUUGUUGAAGGUCUCUGUAAGCAAGAAGGGGAGGUGGACAGGAGGAGUGUUAUAUUCUCUUCAAAUGUUUGUGACCAAGUAAACACUUCGGUGCAUUCAUAUUCUGGCAUGAACAGCUUGGAGAAAGAUCUCACCGAGACUGUGCCAAAAGGUCUGUGGGCAGGAAGUAGCCAGUCCCUUCCCACUUGCCAGACCUAUUCUCACAUUGGACAGGCAGCUGAUCUCUUACCAGGACGGAUGCGGCCUAACACCAGCUGCCCAGUGCCAAUAAAAGUUUGCCCUCGCUCUCCUCCACUAGAAACCAGAACAAGGACCUCCAGCUCAUGCUCCUCCUACUCAUAUGCGGAGGAUGGCAGUGGUGGUUCUCCAUGUAGCCUCCCUCUGUGUGAGUUUUCAUCUUCCCCCUGUUCCCAAGGAGCUCGAUUCCUGACCACUGAGCAUCAGGAGCCGAGCAUGAUGGGAGAUGGAAUGUACAACCAAGUCAGACCCCAGAUAAAAUGUGAGCCAUCCUAUGGAACAAACUCUAGCGAUGAGUCUGGAUCGUUCUCUGAAGCAGACAGUGAGUCAUGUCCUGUGCAAGACAGAGGACAUGAGGUGAAACUUCCAUUUCCUGUAGAUCAAAUCACGGAUCUUCCAAGGAACGAUUUCCAGAUGAUGAUAAAGAUGCACAAAUUAACCUCAGAGCAAUUGGAAUUUAUCCAUGAUGUUCGGCGGCGCAGUAAAAACCGGAUUGCAGCUCAGCGCUGCCGUAAGAGAAAACUGGACUGUAUUCAGAAUUUAGAAUGUGAAAUCCGCAAGUUGGUUUGUGAGAAGGAGAAACUCCUGUCAGAAAGGAACCAAUUGAAAGCAUGCAUGGGAGAGCUGUUAGAUAAUUUCUCCUGCCUUUCCCAAGAAGUGUGUAGGGAUAUGCAAAGCUCUGAACAGAUCCAAGACCUGCACCGAUACUGCCCUGUUCUCAGGCCUAUGGAUCUUCCAACAACAGCCAGUAUCAAUCCUUCACCAGCUGGGGUAGAGCAAAAUGUAGUGACAUCUCAGUGUGUUGGGGAAGGCCUUCAGUGCUGUUCAGAGCAAAGUCCUGUGAAGCAACUAGGAGCUCACUGGCUACCUAACAACAUUUCUGACAAACGUGCAGCAGCAAGAGUAUUGGAUGGAGCUGACCAAGGUACUUACUCCGAGCAGGAACUCCCUCUCGAGCAGAAUAACCAAACGGUGACGGUGGACUUCUGUCAGGAAAUGACUGAUAAAUGUACAACAGAUGAGCAACCUAGGAAGGAAUACACCUAGUAGCUGUAUACCUUUUUACGUCAUGCCUAACAAGGUAUUCUUCAGUCAGCCAGUGGCCACGUUCAUUUGUUGUUCAGAUUGAAGAGCAUAUUUGGUGCACACUACAGUGGUCUUAGCAGCAAUACUGUUUUUAAGUAUUCCCUCCUCGCUACAAGCAGGAGUUUAACUUCUUCACUAUGGUGCUAUCCCUUGCUCAGGCAGGGGAACAAAACAGUGGCAACACUGUCUGUUUCUUUUGUUGUUGUUGUUCUUGUUGUUGUUCUUGUAUUUUAAUUUCAAUAUUCAACAGGGAUGGACAUAACACCUCUGAGGACCCAAACGCAGCUUUUUUCUCAGUGGCCCAUGUCACAAAACCCUAACUCAGGAAUUUCCUCUGAAUGUUCAAUUUUUCAUUGAAGACAGCUUCUUUACACAUCAAAGUUUUAUAGCUAAACUGUACAUAUUAUAUAUAGUAUAUAUAAAAAUAUAUAUCCAUAUGCAAAAAAAAAUCCCUGCAUGCCUCAAUUUUUUCUCACAAAAACAACUGGAAAUUUUUUCAUUUCUAUUGUAUAAACAAAUUCCAACAUUCCUUUCUUUCUUUCUUUCUUUCUUUCUUUGUUCUCGAUGCUAGAAGUAGUUUGUAACUGUUUUUAAUAUUUUCCAACCACCACUUGGGUUCAUGGUUCAGCAAUAUUCAGUUUGUAUUUUAUUUAUAAAGUUUUAAUGUUGGAAGCUUCUUUGAAUUUUUAAUAUACACAGUGUUUGUGGCACAGCUGUCUUUUUUGUGCCCAUUUUGAGCAAAGUGGGUUUUCUUCUAAUUCUCCCAAUACUGUACAGCGACGGUCAACUUUGCCACUUGCACUGAGUUUUGGAACAAACCUCUUUUCAUAAAUGAAGUUGUGACUUCAAUAUAUCUUGUAUACUGUAUUAUUUGCUUUUUUAUUAUUCUCUGUUAAGUAAAGCAACAUUUUUCUAAAAAACACUCAGGAGAUGAUUAUGUAGGGAAAUAACAAUCUUGCCAAAUAAUGGAAUUCACCCAAUAGUGUGAAUUGGGUAUUUUCUGUAUUAAUCUUUUUCUUUAACUUUCCCAAAUCAAAUUUAAAUAUUGUGGCUGCUUUUUUUCUUUUCUUCAUUAAGAGGAUUUGCUAUUUCUCGAGUAUGGCUUGAUAUUUACAAAGUUACAUUAAAAACUGUUCAGUGACCAGUGUAUGUCACUGAUUUGAGAACUAUAGCUUAAGGGACAGUCUGUUUUUGUCAGUGAACACAAUUCCAUGGCUUUCAGUGAAGUCUGAAUUAAGCUUCUCCCUGCAGUUCUUACUUAUGUCAUACUAGGGCUGUUCAUCCCUGCAACUACUGUUACUGGCCUCAGUGUGUAAUUCUGCCGAACACCAUGUUAUGCAGGUGUUUCCUGCAGUGGCAGUGUUUUACUACACUUGUUUUCUAUUUACAUUGAAGUUAGCUCAGUCUGAUCUAGCCCCAUUGAAGUAUGACAGAUAGCCCACAUGAGAGAGAGCUAGAGCAAUCUCUAACUCUACGUGUUAAAAAUCAUGCAUUCCUAUGGUGAUUUAAUUGCCCACAUGUCAGUAAUAUUGUGCUGUAAGAUUCCCUCAGUUCACAAUAUUUUUUUAUCAACACAAAGCAACUUCUGUCUCAGAGGAAACUGUUGGAGGAGGAGUUUCAGAAAUAUUGAAACUUGAGGAAAUUCACAGAACUCCCAACUGACCUGACUCACAUGAUGACUAUGCAAAGCAGGCUAUUUCCAGAUGUAACAUCUGCCCUCCAAAAACAUGGAAACAAAUUUUAAGAGGAACAGAUGGGCACAAUCCACCAGGACAUUUCCUAUGCCAUCUCCAGUGAGAUUGAUGGGAAUUGCUUAAAAGAGAUGCUUUUGCAUAACAUCCAAGGAUUUCAAGAUUUGUGUAGGAUACUCUCCUCACCUUAUCCCUGAUUUAUUGUGUCCUUUUGCAAUUUUUUUUGAAGUGAUUUUCUACCUUGCCUGUGCCAGGGUGCUUUGAGCUGUGUUUUAUGAUGACACCUAUGGUUGACAGAUUGGUACUGUUCACCUUUACUGUGGAUUAGACCAUACUGAAACACCACAUGUGAUUAGCCAUUUUUUCUAUUAACUAUGACAAUAUGUUUCUCUGUACUAAUGUUUACACUAAACAGCGUGGCACUCAGUAAAUCAGCAUUGUUUUUCUAAAAAUUGAAUUGGCACCUUCUUUUCUUUUAUCUGCUUAUGCAGACAGCUUGCCAGUCCUAUUUCUGCUCUGUACUCCAGAAUUCACUGCAACUUACCUGCCAACCAGGAUGUAUACAAUGCGUGUGCCACAUUUAUUUACUGGAAAGGGAGUGGCGUGCUUAUAUAAGUUGGAACUGCUAUAUUUUUAAAUAUAUAAUUUAAGUAUUAGCUAUUUCUGUAAAAGAAAAAAAGAAAAACUUACUCUAAUUCAUCUAUUUAUGUAUGUCAUAAGGACGCUAGUUUAAGCUGUAGGAUGUUUUGGCACAGGAGUGAGAAGUCACUGACUUGCUUUGAAAGUGUAGCUAUUUAACUAUAUUGGAAGCUUGCAACAAGUUUGUGUGCAGAAAGCAGAAACUCUUUGAGAAUAAAAAGGGGAUGCAAAUAUGAGGGGGAUGCAAAUAUUUGUAAUCUGUUGACAUUGCAGAGCCCUUCAUGUGCUUUGCAAAGAGUUAUAAAUGUCUGAGAGAUGGACAGUGAUGGAAGCUAGAAUUUGUAAAGCUACAUGUGAAUUGCAUUGUGGCUUCAUAGUCAGGUUUUAGCAUUUGAGAUUUUGUUGUUGUAAUCGUUCUGUCGACAGUAUUGUUCAAAUGUUUUUCUGUUGCCUUUUUUAUUUUUAAGUGACCUCCUACAGCUAGUUGUGGUUUUUAUGGGUAUUCAACCAAGUCUAAGCUAGCUUUCUGACAUGAAGAUUUACUAUCACAUCAACUCACGUGCAACUGGUAUUUUUGACCUCAUUCCAAUGGUUUAAAUGUAAUUGACAGAACGUAUUGUUCCACAGCUAUUGUAUUGACCUGGCUCUCUCAUUGGUGCUGGGCCUCUCUCUACCUUUUUCUUCUGUUUCCAUUUUUUGAUAAACUGGUUUUUUAAAAAUCCACUGCUCGAAUAAGUCUAUUGUUUCAAGCUUCUUAGGAUGUUUUGAGUUCAGCCCUUCAACAUUUACAAAUGUAUAUUUUCUCUUUUGGACUAUAUAUUGUGUAUGGCUCUUCAGAACCACAUGUGGCUCUUGAGUUAACUUCAAGGAAAACAUGUAGGAGAAUUAGCUUCAGAACUGGACAUAAAGUGACACAGUUGAACGCUACAAGAAGAAGAAGAAGGAAAAAACUGACCAAACUUUUAUUUGAAAAUAAGUAAGUCUGCAUUGUUCAGCAAUGCAGAAGGAGAAAAUACCUUUCAUGAAUAUAAAUUCAUAACAGGAUUAAUAAUUUUGUCUUGGUUUGAGGUUUUGUGCUAGACGGAAACUGCUUUUGCACUGUUACAAAGAGCAUGUAAGGAGUAUGCAUUUAGCUGUGUCCAGUCUGCAACUAGUCCUCCUUUUUAUUUGCCUUUGCUAUACUUGGUAUUGCCAGAAAACCUCAUUUUAUUUCGGUUUAUUCUUCUUUUGUCAGGUGAGUAUUACACUAUGUAAUAUAUUCGUUUCUCUGCGUUAUCUUGGGGGUGCCUUGAGUACAAAUGAAGUUCAUUGCAACCUGAUUCUGGAACAAAGAGCUAGUUGAAAAUAAAAUAAAAACUCAAUCAAGUUACCAAGACAUCCCAAUAUUUAUAUCCUAGACCUAACAGGACGACUCAGGCGUCAAGAGUUUUGAUGCUGCAGUAUAAAACUAUUAUUUUAUAUAUUGUACAAGUAAAUUAUUCAAUGUCUUUCUAAGGAUAUAUGCUGCUUUAAAGAUGCACUAUUUUUUUGUGUGUGGAUCUAAUCCAUGUACUUUUGUUCCCAAGGAAGUAAAAAAAAAUCAUUGGAUACACAAACCACUGUGAUUAGUAUUUACAACUAUCUUUUUUAAAAAGAGAGUGGAAGCUAGAUAAAUUUAAUGAAACAGAUUCAGCUGCUGAUAAUUUGGUGGUUAAAGGUUACAUUCAACUCAUUGUAAUCUUGAAACUUCCAUAAGCACUUCAUAUAUAGGCAGUUUUUUAAAAAAAAUAACCCUUUUAUAGCCCUGGCAAGGGUUCUGUUCCUCUAUGAGCUCUGAACACUGUGUUAUUCAACAGGUAUAGUUAUUCCCAUCAAUGCAUCACCAUGAUGAGAAAAGCUACAUCUGUGGAACUUCAGUUUUCCUCAGCUGUCUUAAAGAAAAAUAAAUUCUUCCCUGGCAACCCUUCUGACAAACUGCUAUAUGUUUUGCUUUUUAAAGUUUGUAUACCAGAGUCAGAAUAAUUCUAAAAUAAAGAAACCUUCAGAGCCUUUAAUAGAACCAUAUAGUAAUCUCAUUCCACAACCAUUAUUACUUUUUUUACUAGUGACCUGUAGCCCUUGUAUGUUCAUGGGUUUGUUGUUUUUGUUUUUUAAAAAUCAUACAGAUAGGUUUAGCUGAUGAAGCUAGAGUGUACCUUGAGCAUCCAGCCUAAUGGGUAGUAUUGAUAAGCCUAUGCAAGCUUGAGAUCCUCACCAACCCAGCUGAGACCAAUUACUCCAAGAGGUAGUCGUCACACACAAAUAAUUGGGGUUUAUGUUUAUUUGUACCCUUACUUUCAUAACAUCAGUUUAAUUGUGUACCUAUUUUAAAAUUCUAUUUAGAGAAGAUGGAUAGGGAUAAAAACUGACUUGAUGUAGCCUAAGGGAAACCUUGCUAAAAAUGUGGUAGCUAAUUUCUAUCUCGAGUAUGAAAUCAGUGUGUGUACUUUUGCUUGUUUAUACUUUGUAUAUUUAUAAUAUUUGAAUUAUUUCAUGACUCAGGCAUCAAAUGAUGCUGCAGAAUAGACUUGUACGUGUACAUAUGUUAAGUCCAUUCAAACCAUUUUUAUGUAUAUUAAAAUCUAUAGUUUGGUGGAUUGUAGACUACUAAUAAAUUAUUAUAAUUUUCUCUGGAAGUUAGAAUGUCAUUGCUUGCUGUGUAAAAGAAUUACAGUAUUUUCCUACACUCCACCAAUAUUAUAUAUAUAUAAUAUAAAAAAAUUAAACUAGUAAUAUGUGUUUGUUUUUAAAUUAUAAUGCUCAUAUGGUUCUACCAUUCUUGUGAUGAAAACCACUUUUUUGGUGGGGAGUAAUUUAAGUUCCCUUCUCAACCCUAAAAGAAAAAAUAAGUAACUGGUUUAAAUACCUUUUAUUAUUGGAUACGUCAUGAACUCUUUUAACAACAUCAGCUCUUUUACGUAGGUCCAGUUUACAUGCAAGUUGAGACACCUAUCCAGUGUGGUAAUUGAUAUGAACAUUUGUGCAGCAUGUUUGCUUACUUUUUGAUAGGACUUAUUCCCAGAUAAGUGUGCAUAGGACUGCAGCCCUUAAAAUUGAAUUGCUGAAACAGUUUUGCCAGAAGUUGAGUUCUGUCAUUGCUCAAAGCUUGGAAUUUGGCUCUGUUUCACAUUUUGGAGUUAGUUAUCCAUUUAAUUUCAAAGUCACUUUGAAUCAGAAACUCAGCCUAGGAUUUUCCACAGCACUCUGUCUUAACAGGUCACUUCAAAUUUGGAGAGCCAACCUGGGUUUUUAUCUACUCACCCUUAGAACUGUGUAUUGUUUUGAAAGCAAGUUUGUGCUCUUGCAUUUACAGUGUCACAAAAAAAGGAUGAUACAUGCUUCAGAAACUGGUAUAUUUACUACUUGUGAUAUGACUGGAUAUAUCUGGAUCCCUCCAAUCAGAAGUUAUACUAAACACUUUGGAGAUCUUUGGAUGCUUGAUUCAAUGCAAGGGUCAGCUUUUUGUUGAAGGGUGGAGAACACCCCAAGAGUUUGUUCCAGAACCAGUGGGAUACAAGUGCACCUCUACUAUAUGCCUUACAAACUUCAGAGGCCAUAUUCAAAACAGGGUUUUUAGCAGUGUAUGCAAGGGGAUGCAAUCCCUCUUCUCUUCCUCCCCAGGUCAGACAGUAUGGACAGUUUUCACACAUAUCUACCUGUAUAAUCCUCUGUACCUCUCAUAACUGGUCAAUGACUGUAACAAGUUGCAUCAGGUGUUUUUCUAUAUACUUUUUACACAGAUUCUAUGCGAUUAAUGUAACUUAAUUAAAUGCAUCAUUUUAUUGUACUAGUUCUUAAGCUUGUCUAUCAUUUUUUUCUAGGUGACUGUGGUUUCUUGUGAUUUUUAUUGUAUAAAUGAAAUGGCUGUUGAUGCUUAUUCCUUGUUACUAAGAAUUUUUACCUUUUUGGAAAAAAAACGGCAUUGCUAUGAACUAAUAAAUUUAAGACUUCAUUUACUCAUUGUAAAUACAGUAUCGUGCAAAGAAAAAAACAAACCCUUUCCAUUCAUUUGAAUUGAUAGUGUUAACUGAAUUUUGUCUA